AUGGCUCCCAUCGAUGUCGUCUCCACCGAACAGCGCUGCUCCUUCAGCAAGCUCCAGGACGAGCGAUUGGCGAGCCGAUGCAUCAAGCCAAGGGUUGUCCUGGCGAAGAGCGUGCACGUGAUGGAGAGGGAGGCUCUCGGAGCCAGGGACCACCACGACCGGAUCAAGGCACUCUUUCCCAGCACCUACGGCCGGCCCCGGAUCGAGCUGGUCCCGGGAGGAGAAGCGGACGUGUUCGACAAGCCCCUGAACAUGGGUGUGGUCCUUAGCGGUGGACAGGCGCCCGGCGGCCACAACGUUAUCGCCGGAGUCUUUGACUUCGCCAAGAAGUGUUCCCCUGAUUCCAAGGUUUUCGGGUUCUUGAACGGACCUGCGGGUGUGAUGAAGGGCAUCUGCACGGAGAUCACGCCCGAGUUGAUGGACGCCUACAGGAACACGGGAGGGUUUGACAUGCUCGGGUCGGGGCGCGACAAGAUCGAGACUAAGGAGCAGAUGGAGGCCUCCAAGAAGGUGGCUGAGGAGCUGAACCUCGAUGGACUUAUCGUGAUCGGCGGAGACGACUCCAACACCAACGCUGCCAUCCUCGCCGAGUACUUCGAGUCCAGCGGCUGCAAGACGAAGGUGAACGGCUGCCCCAAGACGAUCGACGGUGACCUUAAGAACGAGUACGUGCCCAUCAGCUUCGGUUUCGACACGGCGGCCAAGACGUUCAGCGAGGAGAUCGGCAACGUGCAGCUCGAUGCGCUGGCGUCCCAGAAGUACUACCACUUCAUCCGCCUCAUGGGAAGGGCGGCGUCCAACAUCGCGCUCGAGUGCGCCCUGCAGACGCGGCCCAACGUGUGCCUCAUCAGCGAGGAGGUCGAGGCCAAGGGCCUGUCCCUCAAGCAGAUCGUCGACGAGCUGGUGGAGAUGAUUCUCAAGCGCGCGGACGCCGGCAAGAACUACGGCGUCGUCAUGCUGCCCGAGGGUCUCAUCGAGUUCAUCCCCGAGUUCAAUGCCUUGAUCAGCGACAUCAACGACGUGCUGGCCAGCGGCAUCCCCACCACCAUCGAGGGUGUGGUGCCCGCACUCCAGCCGGCCAACCGAAACGUGUUCAACUACCUGCCGCAGUCCAUCAAGAUGCAGCUCCUGCUGGAUCGCGACCCGCACGGCAACGUCCAAGUGGCCAAGAUCGAGACGGAGGUGCUGUUGGCGCAGGCCGUGGAGGCGGAAUUGGAGAAGCUCGCUGCUGAGGGCAAGUACGCCGCCAAGUUCGCUCCUCAGUUCCACUCCUUCGGCUAUGAGGGCCGCUGCGCCCUCCCCAGCCACUUCGACUGCAGCUACUGCUACGCGCUGGGGUACACCGCUGGCGCGCUGACGUCCAAGGGGAUGAACGCCCUCAUGGCCUGCGCCAACAACCUGGACAUGCCCAUCGAGGACUGGACCGUGGGCGGAGUGCCUAUCACGAUGAUGUGCCACAUGGAGAGGCGAAAGGGCAAGGACAAGCCGGUGAUCAUGAAGGCUCUGGUCGAGCUCGACGGGCCUCGGUCUCAGCCUUUCCAGGCCUUCGCGGCGGAGCGUGAGAAGUGGAUGGAGCACGACAUGUACCGCGCGCCGGGAGCCAUCCAGUUCUACAGCGAGGGCGCCCGUAACGCGAACAUGACCCUGAUGUACGAGCUGCUAGGGGAAAAGGCGAAGGCGCUGACCCAGUGCGACCUCUCCGAGACCGCCGCCCCGGAGCCGGUGGCCAUGGGUGCGAGCAAGUUCUUGUUCCGUCCGGCCACGAAAGCGACCCGCAGCCAUGUCGAGCGCGCCCGUCUCGACUACGAGCCUAAGGUGCCCGGCUGCUUGAAGUCGAGGUCGCUCGAGGGAGUCGAGCUUGAGGCAGACGAGCGGUCGCAAAGCAGCAAGCAGGCGGACCGCGGGCCUCUGGAGCGCAUGUUCCCGAGCACGUACGGCGCCAGGCUGUUGCAGGUGCUCGGCGUGGUCGGAGGCACGGUCGGUCUCUUCGAGCAGUCCACGGUCGAGGUGACGGACGAGCUCCUCGACGCCUACCGGAACCAGGGCGGGUUCGACCUCCUCGGGCGCAGCCGGGACUCCAUCCGCACCGAGGCGGAGCUCGCCAAGGCCAAGGAGGCUUGCGCGGCGCUGGACCUUGAUGGGCUGGUGGUGAUCGGCGGCAACACCACGGCCACCGACGCAGCGUACCUGUCGGAGUACUUCCACACCGCCGGCCUCAAGACCAGCGUCGCGUGCGUGCCUUGCACCAUCAGCGGCGGCAUGAAGAACAACUUUGUGGAGAGCGCCGUCGGGUUCGACACCGCUGUCAAGGUCUACUCCCAGCUGGUGGGCAACACCGCCAUCGACGGGGCGAGCGCGAGGAAGUACUGGUACUUCAUGCGCCUCAUGGGACAGGACCCCAGCCAUAUUGCGCUUGAGGUGGCGAUGCAGACGCACCCCAACAUGGUACUGCUUGCGGAAGACGUGAGGGCCAAGCGCUGGUCGCUGCAGGACAUCGUGCGGGAGAUCUCGGACGUCGUGCAGGCCCGCUCGGACAAGGGCAAGAACUUCGGCACCAUCGUGAUCCCCGAAGGUCUCGUUGCCGCCAUCCCCGAGAUGGAGGUGCUGAUCGAGGAGAUCGACGCCCUGUACGUGGAGCACGCCGGGCCCGAGUCGUCGUCCAACACCCUGUCCAGGGAGGAGGUGCAGGAGCGACUCACGGUCUGGAGUAAGGCCUUGCUGGCGUCGCUGCCUGCGUUCAUCCAGGAAGAGUUGUGCCUGGAGAGACAGAGCAACCACCGCGUGCAGCUGUCCCAGAUCGAGACCGAGAAGAUGCUGGUCUGUUUCGUCGAGGAGGAGCUGCGAAAGAGGAAGGAGGCCGGGAGCUACAAGGGGAACUUCUCCGCGGUGUGCAGCCACCUCGGCUACCAGGCUCGGAGCGCCCUCCCCAGCAACUUUGACUGCGACUACGCGUUCACCCUCGGAGGAGCGGUGGCCAUCCUCAUGCACCGCAGGAUGAGCGGAUACCUCGCUACCGUGACCGGCCUCAAGGAACCGGUGGAGGGCUGGAAGGGGGGAGGGGUCCCCCUUACCUCGCUCCUGGGGGCCGAUGACCAGGAGAAACUCCCCACCGGACAAUGCCGUCCGCGGGUUCCCCCGACCCCCAUCAACCUCCGAGGGGACGCCUACCUCAGCCUGCAGAAGGUCCUCGCGAAUGGUCAGAGAAAGGACCUCUACCGCAACCCGGGACCGGUGCAGUUCGCGGGAGACACCGCCGACAACCGCCUCAUGUCUCUCGAGCUCGAGACGGACGACUACCUCGGGCAGCUGGCGGAGCUCCGCGGGGCCCUCAGGGGGAUCCAGGAGUCGUGCCGCCCGGGCUGCAGCAGCAACAUCCUCAAGCUCUCCACCAAGACUCUCCAGAACCUGACGGAGAUCAUGGAGCUCCAGGCCCACUUCGCGUAAUCGAUCACUUUUGUUUGUUUGUUUUAGCUUUUUCUUGUCCCCAGAGAAAAUGGGAUUUUGGUUCAUGUAGUGACUCAUUCGACUAUUCUUGCGAGCAAUGUGUCUUAUUAGUAGGUGGUUUUGCUGGGAGUUAUGGGACGCGGUGGUAGGCGGAAGUUUUUCACCCGUGCGCUCUUCUUGCCCCUGCGUUAGCGGCCGCGAGGAGGAGGUAUUUGGAGGCGUGAACUCGACCUGUUUCCGUUCUUCGCUCCCCCCCUUGAGCUUGCUUUCGCGAUGGCCGUAAUGUGCGGGGCUUUGGUUGACCCGCCACUCCUUGGCUGUGGGACGUUGACUUUUUCACGCGCUUGCCCUAGAGGGCGGCGCUUGGGGACCCGUUAUUUUUGUAGUAGUGAUGGUAGUGUUUAGUUCCACACCCUUGGAGUGAGUACUUCGUUGUUUGAUUCCUUUUUUCGACUCCUGUGUUCUGGUGCACCUUGUACCCAGACUUGUGUUAUUACAUUCAUCGGUCAUGAUUUUUUUGUCUGUCAGAUUUGGGUUUCUUGGUGUAGAGGAUCGGCCCCGUGCUGCCUGCCAGGCGCGCGCCUAAUCAGCGAAGCACGUGGUGCGAUGUGGUUCGGUUUCUGUGAUCCAACUUGUUGGUUGGCCCUUUCGAAACUCUCCCCACUCUCUUGUCCAGUAGUCCGCAUGCAUCCAGCCUGUGGGGGUAGGCUCGUGACGAACUCGUAUGCUCGUGAAAGUUCCAACAGUUGCCGAAUUCUUGGAGGGGGGGGGGCGUACUCAUAGUCGUGCAUGCCGUAGUCGUUAGACCAUUGACCUCGCAUCCCUACAAAGCCGGGACGGAGCACGCCGGGUUCUCACCGGAC